AUGGACGUCGACGCAGAGAGUGUGAAGAGAGAGUCUUUGAAAAGGGAGUUGCAGACGCUACAGGCACAGCCCGUCAAUUCGCGCUACGCUUUGCACCGACGGCGGGUGGUGCUGAGAUCUCUAGAGCUGUUGGAGAUUGCUGGCCAGGAGCGUACAGCGGCCCAAGCUGCGGAGUUAGAGCAGCUCUUGAGUAACCUGUCGCUCUAG